UUGCUUGUUUAUGAAACAGUUAUCCCCUUGUCUUCUUUAGACACCAAAAAAGCAAUGGCAAUUAACCUCUCUGGUGUAUUUCUCAACAACAACAGCAACAAAUCUUUAAUCUCACCUCCGGUUUUUCACCACCACUCUAGACCGCUGUUAAGGGUAUUUGCAACCGCUUCUGCCGCCCCUUCUCCGUCGUCUCCACCCACUAUUCAGAUUGUUGGUGGGAAACCUGCAAGCUGGUAUGGAAAUGUUGACUUGAAUUCUAGUAAUGUAAUUGACUCUUUUGAAAAUGAGUAUGAUUGGACUGAUCUCGAGACUGAUCUUUACCACUGGACAAAGACGUUGCGGCCUGUUCAGUGGUAUCCGGGUCAUAUUGCAAAAACAGAAAGAGAACUGAAAGAACAGUUGAAGUUGAUGGAUGUUGUGAUAGAAGUAAGAGAUGCUAGGAUUCCGUUGUCCACAAGCCAUCCCCAGAUGGAUUCAUGGCUUGGUAAUAGAAAGAGAAUCUUGGUAUUGAACAGAGAAGACAUGAUAUCAACCGCAGAUCGGAAUGCUUGGGCAGAUUAUUAUGGCCGACAAGGAAUAAAAGUUGUCUUUUCCAAUGGGAAGCUUGGAAUGGGUUCCAUGAAGUUAGGAAGAUUAGCAAAGUCGGUAGCUGCAGAAGUGAAUGUAAAACGCAGAGCAAGAGGGCUGCUUCCUCGUCCUGUGCGCGCUGGAAUAGUUGGUUAUCCAAAUGUUGGAAAGUCAUCUUUGAUCAAUCGUUUGCUGAAGCGUCGUAUGUGUCCAGCAGCUCCAAGGCCAGGCGUAACGAGAGUAUUAAAAUGGGUUCGUUUUGGAAGCGAGCUAGAGUUACUAGACUCACCUGGAAUAAUCCCAAUGAGGAUGAGCGAUCAAACAGCAGCAAUAAAGCUUGCUAUAUGUGAUGACAUUGGUGAGAGGUCGUAUAAUUUUCCUGAUGUUGCUGGUGUUCUUGUACAGAUGCUCUCGAGACUUCCAGGAGCAAAUAACAAUGUUCUCUGGGAGCGUUACAAGAUUGAUACUGAUGGCCGGUGUGGUAGAACUUUUGUCCACAAACUCGCAGUCCAGUUGUUCAAUGGAGAUGAACAUCAAGCUGCAUUUCGGGUCUUGUCAGACUUUCGAAGGGGCCGAUUAGGUUCAAUUGCACUUGAGAGGCCACCCGUUCAAACUCGUGAUACAUAACAUAUUUAGUUAACAUCAGGUAUUAGGAUUUAGAUGUUUGUACUUGGUAAAAAUAUCCAUAAAGAGAAAUAAUUAGAAGCUACAAGGCAGUUUAUACCAAAUACUGGUCUCUUUAUUCUACAAUAGCUUUAAUGCGUAUAGUUUGCUAUAACUGUUGUAAUAUGUAGCUUAUAUGUAAAUUGGUUGUAUUGAGACACAAGUUAAAGAAUUACUCUGAUGCAA